AUGUCAAUUGAGAUCGUGACAACAUGUCAGCUCAACGAUGGGACGGUGGAAAAAUGGCAAAUCGGAAAGCUAAGAAAAAUUCUUUACGUCCGUGGGAGCUCUGUUCCUUUUCUGGCGCUCAAUAGUGCGAAGCAACUCUACAGUUUCUCUGAAGAAUCUUCGUGGACGCUCCUGGAUGUCGAAAAUGUCCUUGCGAUUUCUUAUGGAAGGAAUGAAGUGUCCUACGCAGUAAUUAUUUCGACGGAAAAUGGCUGCUUCACUGCUGAUUCUUCUCUAAAUAUCGCUGAAUUCUCUCCCCUUGUCUUCUCAUCCCUAUCCUCUAGUUCUGAAGCUUCAUUUGGAGUUACGCGGGAUGGGUUUCUCUACGGCUGGGGCAAGAAUUUCUUCCUUGGACUGAUCGAAGAAGGCUUUACAGAAAAACCCCGCAAACUUGAGCCCUUCAAAAACGUCAUUUCAAUCGAGUGCGGAUCAGAACACAAUCUUCUUCUUGUAGAACGCGAUGUACAGGACAAUGAAUCGAGCGCAGACGAGGACGACGCUUUCAAUUUCGAUCACGAUGAGCAUUUCGGAAUUAAUAUCCUCGAGGACGCACUUGUUAUGGCAGGAAAUCUGGACGUUGAAAGAGAGAAAGAUGAAGAUAAGAAAGAAGAAAAGGGGAAAUCUCUUGCGAUUUCUUUGACCAAUUCUGUUGAGUGGUUGAGCCAGAGCACGAUGAAUGUAACUUCCGUGAUUCUUCCAACUCCAGUGACCAAUAUCAUUGCAUCAACAAUAGCGACUACUUCUUCCACGAUUUCCUCGACGUAUUCGUAUGGCGAGUCUCUUAUUAAAGGCUUCUUGAGCAGCCAAGAGAAGAGCCGCCAAAAAGUCAGGACAGAUUGCGUUUCACAAAUCUCUGCAGCUCCAAGGGCACUCACAGAUCUUUACGUUUGGGGUCGAAAUGGACACGGACAGCUCGGCACAGGCGAUACAGCUGAUGUCAUCGAACCAGUAAAGCUUCAGGCUGUUUCUUCAAAAGGUAUCAUCGCGAUUCUAGCUCAGGAAAAUCUCAGCUUUGCCGUAACGUCUACGUGGGAAGUGUGGGCUUGGGGUGAAGAUUUUCAAAAAGAAACGAAGCUCAAGCAGUCGUCAGUUCUGCACACUCUCACAGCCCGCUAUUUGAGCAUGCCCAAUACUCAAGCUACAACCCAGACAGCUGCUGGCGGCGAUGCUUGGCUCAACUCUCGACCCGCUCUGUUCAUUAUUCUCUCAAGUUCAGCAUCGGAAUUGAACGAACGAUUCACGAGUUACUUUCGUUUUCUCGGAAAAGCCGUCGCUGGUGGAUUCUUCGAUUCUCUUUCGAAAGAAUUCAUCUCUAAACUGGAACCAAAGCUUAAAAAUUCGCCUGGAAUCAUUACUCAACAGGAUUCUGUUGCGGAUACUUUGAUAGAAGCUCUCAGUCUGCCCGCAAAGGAGCUCAAACAUCACGUUAAAUCGCUAGAAACUCUUCUCGACCUAACUGUUCGAAUUGAAGGCCCUGAAAAUCCAUCGUCUUUGGAAGAGGUGUCAGUUUCUCUUGUUCACAAAAUAAUUGAAUGGCUGAAAUUGGCAAUUGUCAAUAUCCAGUGCAUAAUUGAAGAUUUCAAUCGGACACGCGCGUUUUGGAACGAUCCAGCAAACUUGAGGUACCGCAAGGCUCUUGUCACGGCGGACAGAUUUUUGGUGCUAACAAAUCGAACAAUUCCUGUAUGGCCAUCUGGUGCAGUUACUCAACCGGCAGUUCUUCUAUUUUCCGAUGUUUUGGUCAUCUGGACUCAAUUGAGCAUUCAGCAGCUUCCUUUGAAUCUGCUCUGGAUCCGAGAAUAUCCCGACGAGAAAAAAGUGAUCGUAGAAACGCCCGAAGAAAAUCUAACUCUUGUUUUCAAAAAUCCCGAAGACCGUGAUUUCUGGUGCUCGACUCUUAUUCAAAGUGUUUGCCGUCUGUUGGAGCAGGAGGACAUCACUCGUUUGCCAUUAACUCGAAAAGGCCUUUUUCAAUUUAAAAAUGGCAGGUUGCGAGGCUGUACAUACAUGGGUGACUGGGAGAACGGUAAAAUGCAUGGAAAGGGCUUCUUAACUUCUCCUGAUAAUCACAAGAAAUACAUUGGCGGCUUCGUAGACGGAGAACGGUCCGGUUGGGGCGUUUUUACCAACGAAAUGGCUAAAGAUUGUGCGAUUAAGACCUACACUGGGUUUUAUGAAAAUGAGCAGCAGAAUGGAAUCGGAGAGGCGGUUUAUGGCGAUGGCAGCGUUUAUAAAGGGUGUUGGAAAGAUGGGCUAAGGGCUGGACAUGGUGUUCAAUUUUACGGCUCCUCUCAUGCAUCAGUUUACCUAGGCGACUGGUCAAAUGAUAAACGGAAUGGUUACGGAGUGCUGCGAAGCCGUCUUCAAGGAUGGCGAUUUCUCUGUCUAUGGAAAGAUGACAAAAAGCACGGCCGCGGCGUGUUCGUCUCAUCUUCUAAUGUCUUCACCCAAAGCAUGUUCUCGUUCGAUCAAAUUAUCGACAAAGAGGGCCUCGUUUAUGCAAAUUUGACAAAUAUAAGCGGCAUUGAAGAGGACAGGUUCUUCAUUGGCGCCGUCACGAGUUCAUUGCCGGUCACAGUUGUCGACGACUCUAUUCAGCCAGAAGAUGUUACACUUGUCAAAGGAAAGCUUUCUGUUUUACACGACUCAAAGGAUUGUGACAAACUGGCAACUUCUGUUGAGGGCAGUUUUGCUGGAGAUAUUUUACAGCCAAAGAUCACCGCUGGCGUCGAUUUCAAAACCAUCAUCGUCGAUUCUAAUUUGACUGGAUUCUUUAACUUGGUCGGCUCAGUUCCGAGUGCUGCUAAAUGGCGUGGAUUGUUCAAGCUUUUUGUUACCGAUCUUGGAACUCCUCUCAGCGGCCCUGGAGAUGGAUGGAAUGAGAGCUUGACUGACAAGUGUUGGGAAAACUUGAGCGAGGUGGUGAAUAACCGAAAGACAACCAUGUUUCCGGACACACCAGUUUCUGAGCAAGUCAAGCUUACGUCCCGCCCUACACCAGACAAAGAUGAUGAAAUCAAAGAGUAUGUAAAGCGAGCGCUUAGCUCGAAACUUCACCCUCUCGGUCAUGUGAUGAGCAUGAUUGUCAAAGCUUUUGAAAGCUCUUACACCCCCACGCAUACAGCGCUGAUAUUCGCCUCUCUGGCUGAAAUAAAGUCGAUUAUCAAGGUGUUUCAUAAUGUUACUCGAUGCUUUUUCCCCGAAAUAGACCCUGCAGACGCUAAAAUGUGUGCUGGAAGCCUGAUCUUACCAAGUUUAUUUCCACAAGUCUAUCCUAUACUUCAAUCAAUGUAUGUCGAGUCACACACAAGAGUUGAAGAAAGAAUAAACCUGAAUCUGAGAAGAUACAGAGCAAUGAAAGAUCUAUCUUUGGCACAGCUGCUGGGGUCUGAUAUUUUGGAGCAAAUGGUAAUCGAUGCUGAAGAAAAACCGAUCUUGAUCUCUUGUGUCAAAAAGAUGCGACAAUUCCCUCUCUGUAUUCUGCCGGAUCAAAAACUCGACCUUAUAUGCGAGCUUUUUAAAUUGCUAAAAGAAGAACUCGCCAAGUACAAUGCAAGCUACAGCGCUGAUGACCUGCUUCCCGCCAUGGAAUUUGUAAUGGUGAGAGGAAUGGUGACCAACCUUGGAGUCGAAAUCAGAAUUAUCAAGGAUUUCAUCCAUCCAGACAUUCAAGGUGGCGAGCGAGGUCUCUGGUAUUGCCAUUUCUACACAGCUUAUAAAUCCCUUUCAAGAUGA